AACAAACCAUAACUGUAUAACCUGAAGUGCUUCCGUCCCACGGCCGCACCGCGGGACUGUGUUCACUGUGAAUGACUGCAGAAGCAGCAGCAGAAGAGAAGUCGCUGUGAUUCAGUGAAGGAGCUCGACCGAUGGAUUUCCAAGAACUUUGUACUUUUGAAUGUUUCCAGCAGAUCUGGAGACACUACGGUUAUGAGGGAAACUUCGAGGACGUGAUCGAGCACGAGUUCACGCGCUUGAAAGGAAUCACUUACCUGGAUCAUGCAGCAACCACCCUGUACCCCGAGUCUCUGGUCAGGGAUUACUUCCUGGACAUUUCAAGGAACGUAUACGGAAACCCUCACAGCCAUAACCUUAGUAGCAGAUUGACACAUGACACCGUGGAUAGGGUCAGAUAUAGGAUAUUGCAGCAUUUUAACACCACUCCAGAGGAAUACACUGUAAUUUUCACUUCUGGUUGUACAUCCGCUCUCAAAUUAGUGGCAGAGAGCUUUCCCUGGAGGCCGCAGACUGAGAGCGAAGUAGGGAGUUGUUUCAGCUACCUGACUGACAGCCAUACCUCUGUGGUUGGCAUAAGAGGGGUGACUUCUGGCCAGGGGGUAGUUUCCCUGCCUGUCUCCCCACAGGAGUUGCAAAACAGGGAAAAGGGUGAGUCUGGGGGUGAAGAUGCUGUUUCCACAACACCACACCUGUUCUGCUAUCCAGCACAGAGCAACUUCUCUGGAAGAAAGUAUCCCCUCAGUCAUGUGAAAGGUAUCCAGGCAAGACGCCUUUACCCAGCAUGUGACCACCGAGGCCGCUGGUUUGUGCUCCUUGAUGCUGCCUCUCACGUCAGCUGCUCCCCUCUGAACCUACAGGACUACCCUGCUGAUUUCAUUCCCAUCUCCUUCUACAAGAUGUUUGGCUUUCCCACAGGGCUGGGGGCCCUGCUUGUCCGUAACAACGCAGCAGGCAUACUAAAAAAGACUUAUUUUGGAGGAGGCACAGCAGCAGCUUACCUUUCUGGGGAAGAUUAUUAUGUGCAUUCAGCAAACAUUUCUGACAGAUUUGAAGACGGGACUGUCUCUUUCUUGGACAUUAUUGCACUAAAUCAUGGUUUUGACACUCUUUACAAGAUAACAGGGGGCAUGCACAACAUCCAGCUGCACACGUUUGGCUUGGCACGCUACACUUACAUACUGCUGUCAAGUCUUUGCCAUGGCAACAAGCAACCAGUGGCGCGGAUAUACACUCAAGGCCAGUUUGAGUGCCCAAGCACACAGGGUGCAAUCCUUAACUUUAACCUUAUGGAUUCUCAUGGACAGAUAAUUGGUUAUUCUCAGGUGGACAGAAUGGCAAGCUUGUACAAUAUUCACCUGCGUACAGGCUGCUUCUGCAACACUGGAGCUUGUCAGUCCUUCCUCGGGAUCACCAAUCAGCAGAUGAAGAGAAAUGUGCAGGCUGGGCAUGUCUGUGGAGACAGCAUCGACCUGGUGGAUGGCCAGCCCACCGGAUCUAUCCGCGUGUCCUUCGGUUUCAUGUCAACAUUUGAGGACUGUCAAAGGUUCCUGAAAUUUGUUUCCAAGUGCUUCGUAGAGAAACCAGUCAAAGUGGACCAAGUGAGGCUGGAAAAGCUCAAAACAACCACUGCAGAACCUCUGGGCUCAAGUGAAACUCCACCUGUCAAAAUUACUAAUGGAAAAAAAUAUGAAGAAGAUGAGGAAAAGCCCACAGCCGCAUCACAGAAGGGAUUUGAAUAUAGAGAUUCAAAAAGCCACAGAGAAGCUUAUACUCUCACCAACAUCUACAUAUAUCCCAUCAAAUCGUGUGGAGCAUAUGAGGUCCAUGAUUGGCCAGUGGGACCGCAGGGUUUACUUUAUGACCGAAGCUGGAUGGUGGUAAACACAAACGGUGUUUGCCUGAGUCAGAAGAGGGAGACACGUUUAUGCCUAAUUCACCCGAAAGUCCACCUGCCCUCAAACAAAUUGCUCCUGCAGACAUCAGGUAUGGACACCAUUUCUGUUCCCUUGGAAAACAAUGUUCAAAAGAACAAAAGCUAUUGGAUGUGUCAGAGUAAAGUUUGUGGUGACAGGGUGGAGACUGUUGACUGUGGGGAUGAAGCGGCAUCGUGGCUUUCAGACUUCCUCGGACAGCCAUGUCGCCUGAUAAGACAAAGUCCAGAUUUCACCAGAAACACAAAGAAGGGGAUGAGUGGAGCUACCACCUCCACAUCCCUCUCCCUGGUGAAUAAAGCUCAGUAUCUCAUGAUCAACCGUGCCAGUGUGGAGCUCAUUCAGAAACAAAUGAGCAGCAGGCAGCACUAUUCUGAGGGGGAUCCGCUCCUUGACACACAGAAUGCCAUUAGCCGCUUUCGAGCCAAUUUAGUCAUCACUGGAGUAGAACCAUUUGAGGAAGAUAAUUGGUCACACUUGAUUAUUGGCAACACUCGAUUCAUGGUUGCAGGCCCUUGUGGAAGGUGCCAGAUGGUUGGAAUAGACCAGGAAACUGGGACCAAAACAAAAGAGCCACUCAUGUCCCUGUCUGCUUACCGCAGUGGAAAGGUGACUUUUGGUGUGUACCUGGCCCAUCAGCGACCAGAGUCUUUGAAUGUCAGCCUCCUCUCUGUCGGCUCCCUCAUUCAGCCAGAACCACACAGUCCUUAAAGUGAUCAACUUCCUUUUUUAUUCACUUUGGUGUCAUCCUAGGUCCUAACCAAUCAUUUUUGCACUGCACGUCCAGAUAUCACCUGUCUGACACUGUGAGGGCUUUCUAUAAACUCUGUUCUUUUCUGUCUCUGUAGCCUCCGUGGCUUUUGUUCUCUCAAGAGUCCUUUUCAUACCAAUGCAUUCAGAUUUUAUUCGACUGGAGUAUUCAUCACAUGACAAAAACAUCAUUUGAGUUAAGUUACUGUUAUGUUUUGUCAAAACAAGGCAGGGCUGAUGCUUCCAUUUCUGUUCAUGUUAACCUUCCAGGCAGUUCUCUUACUGUUUUUCCUCAUGGAGGUUUAUAUUGCUCUUCAUUCCAAACACAACAUCACCAUUAGUGCUGCCAGAAUCUGAAUGAUAUUGCCCCCUUAAUGAAAAAACCUACCAGACACAGUGCUCAGUAUUUGCUCCCAAGUGGGGUGAAUUGAACAUAGAAUUUUAUGCCAGGACAUGACGUGUAAUGUAGCACUGAGGUCAGAUAUCAUGACCAGCCAAGACUACAUGCUCAGAGUGACACGCUUAUACAUUAAGUAUGUAUGUGCUCAAGUGAUCUGUCAGUACAACAGAUCUACUGUUUUUGAAAAGCUUUUGUUGUUUGUCAUAUGCAGUAUGUGCCCCUUUUUUACAGGCAUCUCAAAUACAAGCUGAAUUUAAAAACGGACAGAGAACAAAUGCAAUCAAAUGCUAAUGUAACAUAUAAUAGUCAUAGACACAUUACAAUAUAAUACAAUAGGCAAUGCCUCACAUUUCCUUCAUAAAACUGUGGACAGGCUCAAUAGCACCUUCAGUAACAGACUUAUUUUGUUAAGGAGCGACACAGUAGGUAUUUUCUGCCCACUGCAAUAAAACUCUGUAACUGCUCUGUCUCUGCCAAGCUGCAGGCUGCCGUCCCCAUCUAAAUCUGGACUAGUGGUUUGAAUAUUGAACAGUACAUUUCUUUUUAUGUUGUAUAACAUAUAUAUAUAAUUAUUAUUAUUCAAUU